AAUAAAACAAAACCAAAAACAAAAAAAAAAAAAAAGAAAAAGAAAAUCGUAUCUCUCUCUCACUUGAUCAGCAAAGAAGGGUUUUUUUAGACUCCACCGUCCUCUCGUACUUCUCUUCUUCUUCUUCUCUCUCUUCAGCUGCUGCGCUCUCUCUUUCUCUCUCAUCACAAGAAGAAGAGAGAGAAACAAACCUCCAAACCCUAUCUCUCUCUCUCUAUCUCUUCUCUCCUCCAAAUCCAAUCGCAUCCGAUUCGGCGCCUCGCAGCCGCUGAAUCUCUCUCUCUUCCCCUUUCUCCUUCAUCAUCAUCAUCUUCUUCGAUCGAACGGCGGAGAUUCAAUCCGGAGCGAAACUUUGAGGUAUGCAGCAGGCUGAUCAGACGGUGUUGAGCUUGAGACCUGGUGGCGGUCGCGGUAGACUCGGUGGUGGUCCUCGCUUCGAGUCCUCCUCCUCUUCUGCUUCCUCGUCCUCUUCGUCCGCUUUCGCCUUCGGUUCCUUCUCCUCCGAUCUCCCUUUCUUGCGCCCCCAUGGCGGCGCUCCUCCCUCCUUCUCUCUAAAGACUGGAGACUCAAGGUUUGAGGGUCGUGAACGUGUGCGAUACACUCGGGACCAGCUUUUGCAGCUUCGCGAGGUUGGUGAAGUCCCAGAUGAGAUUUUGAAGCUUAAACGGGAAGUUGAAGCUGAAUUUCUUGGUGAAGAACAAAGCUGGGGACGUGGAGAAAGCAAUCCACCAAAUCCACCCCAGAGCCGUUAUUCUGAGCCAGACAACCGUGAUUGGCGUGGCCGCUCAAGCUCAGCACAGUUUCCUACCUCUGGAGAGGAAAGGUCUUGGGAGGCUCUUCGAGAAAGUAGAGAGCUCGGAAACCGAACUGAUUCUAGACAGCAGGAACCAAAUCAGUUUAAUCGUCAGGACCAACCAAACUCGCACUUUUCCAGGGCCUCUAAUGAAGGGGGUGGUCCUCCCCCCGCUCUUGUUAAGGCUGAGGUGCCAUGGUCAGCUAGGAGAGGAAAUCUAUCUGACAAGGAUCGUGUUUUGAAGACUGUUAAAGGUAUACUGAACAAGCUGACCCCAGAGAAAUUUGAUGUCCUUAAAGGUCAAUUAAUUGACUCUGGCAUUACGUCAGCUGAUAUCUUAAAGGAUGUUAUUUCACUGAUCUUUGAUAAGGCUGUGCUUGAACCUACAUUUUGCCCCAUGUAUGCUCUUCUGUGUUCUGAUCUUAAUGAGAAACUCCCUCCAUUCCCGUCCGAUGAACCUGGUGUUAAGGAAGUCACGUUUAGGCGUGUACUCUUGAACCACUGCCAGGAGGCUUUUGAAGGUGCAGACCAACUCAGGGAAGAAGUGAGGCAGAUGACUGCUCCUGAACAAGAGAUGGAACGCAGGGACACAGAAAGAUUGGUCAAGCUUCGGACACUUGGAAACAUUCGAUUGAUUGGAGAGCUUCUGAAGCAGAAGAUGGUGCCUGAGAAGUUAGUCCAUCACAUUGUUCAGGAACUUUUAGGAUCUGAUGUUAAAGCGUGCCCUGCUGAGGAAAAUGUUGAGGCAAUCUGUCACUUUUUCAACACAAUUGGUAAGCAGCUGGAUGAGAGCCCAAAAUCACGGCGAAUAAAUGAUAUGUACUUCGGCCUAUUGAAGGAACUGACAACGAAUCCUCAGUUGGCUCCAAGGCUGAGGUUCAUGGUCCGUGACGUCCUUGAUUUGCGUGCCAACAACUGGGUACCCAGGCGUGAAGAGGUUAAAGCCAAAACCAUCACCGAAAUACAUACGGAAGCCGAAAAGAAUCUUGGAUUACGCCCUGGUGCUACUGCAAGCAUCAGAAAUAGCCGUGGACUGAUUUCUGGUGGUCCAGGGAACACAAGCCCAGGAGGCUUUCCCAUUUCUAGACCUGGUUUAGGGGGUAUGAUGCCUGGAAUGCCAGGAACCAGGAAGAUGCCUGGGAUGCCUGGGAUUGGGAUGGACAAUGACAACUGGGAGGUGCCUAGGCAGCGGUCAAUGCCAAGGGGUGAUGGUUUAGGUAUGCUGGGUGCUGGACGUGGUCAGUCACCUUUGAUUGGCAAGUCGACAUCACUGAAUACAAGGCUGUUACCGCAGGGUAGCGGCGGACUUAUUAGUGGCAGGACUAGUGCCUUAUUGCAGGGCAGCAGUCCUGCUCGACCAUCAAGUAUUGGUUUUGGUACAGAAGCUCCACCUCUAGUCCCUCCAUCAAGUACUGGUUAUGGUACAGAAGCUCCAACUCGAGUCCCUUUGUCGGCUAGACCUGUUCCUGCUGCGUCAGUGCCUCCAGUUGCCGAGAAGCCACAAGCUCCAGCUGCAGGGCUUAAUCCUGCUGAUCUUCACAAAAAGACGGUGUCUCUUUUGGAGGAAUAUUUCGAUGUGAGGAUGUUAGAUGAAGCGCUUCAGUGUGUGGAGGAUCUGAAGUCUCCAGCUUACCACCAUGAGGUUGUCAAGGAGGCGAUUUCACUUGCACUGGAGCACAAUAGCCCACCAUUUAUCCAACUAGCGGUGAGGCUUCUUGAGUAUUUGUUGUCUAAGAAAGUCUUUACAGUUGGAGAUAUAGGAACUGGAUGUUUGCUCUAUGCAUCAUUGCUGGAUGAUCUUGGCAUUGAUCUGCCAAAAGCACCGAAUAAUUUUGGUGAAAUCAUAGGGAAUUUACUUUUGAUUGGAGGUUUGGAUUUUAAAGUGGUGAAGGAGGUUCUUAAGAAGGUGGAAAAUGAUUGCUUCCAAAUCGCUAUUUUCAACGCCGCAAUGCGGAUUGUUAGUGAGAGUCCUUCCGGACAUAGCGUAUUGGAAGCACAAGCAUCCGAUGUUGAUGCCUGCCGGAGUCUGCUUUAGAGAUCCUAAAAUAUUUUUGCAUUGAGUCCUUUGUUUUAUGUAACAACAAGAACUUGUCGUUUUGUUUCACAUUCAGUGCCUUUUCCUAUUCACCCCCUUCUGAGGAGAGCUUAAGUUAAGUGAUAAGGUGGAAGCUGCCAAGAACAUAUAAUUUUUAUGGAGUUGUAUAUUUUUUUUCCCCCAGAGAUAACAGCACUGUGUGCUUUUUUUUUUCGAGGAAAGAAAAGAAACCAUGCUGCCAUAGAUUUUGUUCCCAGAAGUGGUUGAUAAUGUGCCAAAAAUGCCCCAAAGACAGAAGCCCUUAUGGGAUCCAGAUGUUUUGUUUUCUAUUCCAUUAGUUUUGUACCAUUUUUCCUUUCUCCUUUUUCCUUUUUGUUUGUUGCCUCUACUCCUUGAAAGGGCAUCUAAUAUUUUUUCUUUCUUAUGCUUGUUUUCAUUUAAAUGCUCUUUUCCUUGUUGACAUGAAAGCUAUAUAUAUUCAGAGUCAA